UGCACACCACUGCGUGCAUAAUUACAAAAUUUUCCUUGAUUGGUGAAGCAAAGGCCAAUGAAGAUAUCAUCAAACCUCUGCUGUCUUCGCUGCCCUGAUGUUGAAAAACAAGACGAAGAAGAAAGACACAAAGCUCUGUUUGAUGCUACCAUAAAGGGCAACUGGACAAGAGCUGAAAAAAUUCUGAAUGAAUAUCCAGAGUGCGCUACUCAUAGAAUCACGAUAAGAAAGGAAACAGUUGUUCACAUUGCAGCCGCCGGGAAAAACAAAGAAUUUGUGGAGAAGCUAGUGAAGAUUGUGGUGAAGAUGGGAGACGUAAGGUGCAGCAUAUUGGCACAGCCAAAUACGUUAGGGUGUUCUGCGUUCUAUCUUGCGGUUCUAUCGGGAGUUGUGGAAAACGCCAAGGUUAUGGUUGAGAAGAACGAAGAUCUGCUAACUAUCCGGAUUAAGGAUAAACCAAACGAUGAUAUGGGCAAGCUCCCCAUCAAUCAUGCAGCUAAGAGAGGGCGUAAGAAAAUGGUUGCUUACCUCUUCAAAGAAACACCUUUUGAGAGGUUGUUGGAGGCGGAUCGCAUUGAGCUUCUUCAAGCUACCAUUCGCUACGAUAUGUAUGAUACCGCAUUACAAAUCGUAGAAAAGGAUGGGCUAUUAGCCACUAAAGAACACGAUACUCAAAGGAACCGAACAUUCUUGCAUCUGUUAGCUCGAAAGGAUCUAGCAGAAAGAAGCUGGCGAAGACUUCUGGGCUCAACUUGUGCUGUGCUCUCUACACGUCUGCGGGAUACCAUUCAAGAAAAAACAUUAGCAAGGCGGCUACUUAAAAAGAUCUGGGAUGAGUAUCAUGAUCAUUUACCAGAGAAACUGCUGGUGGAGAAAAUAAAAAAGACUGAGAUACUUCACUAUGCUGCGAAAGAAGGGAAUGUUGAGUUUCUAUCCAUGAUUCUUAACAGCAAACCGGAUCUCUUGUGGGAGUUCAACAGUAAAGGCCAGAACAUUUUCCAUAUUGCAGUAUUACAUCGACAGAAAGAAGUUUUUGAUUUGAUCUACAAAUUUGGACCCUUUAAAGACUUGAUCUCUGUCCAAAUAGAUAAUCAACAAAACAACAUUCUACAUUCAACUGCGAAAUUGAGGAUUAACCGUAGCAGCAAAGAGAGCACUGGUGAUGACAAUCCUCUGCAGCCACAUGGUUCGGAGGAAGAUAACAAGGUGGAGAAGGAUAUAAUACCAAAAUCAUUACUCAAGGUAUCCGGAGCAGCUCUAAGGCUACAAAGAGAGCUCUUGUGGUUUAAGGAGGUUGGGAAUGUUGUUCCACCAUCACAACACAAGAUCCGAAACAAGGAGAACAAAACACCAAAGCAAAUAUUCGCAGAGGAGCACAGGGAGCUUUUGAAAGAGGGCGAGAAGUGGAUGACAGACACCGCAACUUCCUGCAUGCUCGUCGCAACUUUGAUCGCCACCAUGGUUUUCGCCGCCGCCUUCACCGUGCCCGGCGGCAACGGCGACACCGGCACUCCAAUUUUCAUAAAGCGCAGCAGUUUUACGGUUUUCAUGAUCUCAGAUGCGGUGGCAAUGAUUUGCUCAAUCAUUUCCAUCAUCAUGUUCUUGUCCAUCCUCAUUUCGCGCUUCCGACAAGACGAUUUUCUUGUGUCGUUGCCGUUAAAGUUGUUGGUCGGACUCACGACACUCUUCGUCUCAAUAGUUGGGAUGUUGGUGGCCUUCGCCGUGGCUUUCUCUUUGAUCUUUGACAAGGCUUGGCAGCCAAAGCUGAUCGUGGCUUUCAUUGUUGCUCCAUUUGCUUUGUUUCUGUUGCUAAAUUUUAACCUCUGGUUUGACACGAUCCAUUCACUAUUUCUUGUUGGUAUAAUUAAAGUUGGCUCCCUCAAGAAGCGCUUCUUUGGAUGAACAAAAAAAAAGGAGUGUUUGGACUUUGGAGAUUAGUUAGCAUAUUAGUGUAUUAAAUACUUUGACUAGUUAGUUACUUUUAUGUCUGUAAAAAUAUGUUUUUAUGUCUGUAGUUCUUUUUUUAUCUUUCGGUCAGCGAAUUGGGCAGCUUAUUAGUAGCUAAGCAGUCCGUUUCAACGUCUGAUUGUUUGGAGUGGUUUUCUAACCCUCCUCCCUAUCUUUGUAAUGUGUUGUCUUCGGACUUAUGUUAAGUUAAUGGAAGGUUUUAUUUCAAAAAAAAAAAAUUG